AUGGAAACUCCGCCCCACAACCCCAUCUCGCCCCCCUCCCCGCCUCCGGUCGCCGAUGGCUCCCCGGCGGCCGACGCCGGGCCGGGCGGAGAGCAGGCGGACGGAGGAUUCGGCGCCGGGCUCGAGCCCCUGUGGUCGCUCCUCUUCGGCACCCCGGAGGAGCUGGAGCCCAUGUGGUCACCGCCAAGGGAGUUCGACGUCAGCGCCGAGUUCGCCGCCGCUGUGGCAGACCCGGAGCCCCUGGUGGAUGACGGAGGAGGUCCCUGGGAUGGCGCCGCGUGGAGGUCAACGGGGCUCGUCGCCGGCGAGGGCUCCACCCGGGCGCUAUCUCCGCCCACCGCGGCGCCGGGCUUCGCGGUGUUCGACCUCCCCGCGUCUGAUUCUUCCGAAGGCGCUCCCGAGGUGAGGCCGCUCGAUCAUUAUUCACCUAUGCCGGAAUCUCCGUCUACUCCGGUUGCCGUAGACAUGCGGGAAAAGCUCGUAUUCAUCUCCGACAUCUCCGCGCCGGUGCCGGAGUCUGUACCAUCGCCGCCGCCGGCUUGUUUGGAAGCUAAUCUACAGGAGAGUGCACCGGAGUGCACGCUGAACACCAUGCCAUCGCCUCCUGCAACUUCUGGGGACGAUGCCGAUUUGGUUCGUUUGGAGACAGAGGAUGCUUCCAACUAUUGCUCUGCUUCAGAGAAAAUUGCCUCAGCAAGCAUGGCUGCUGUUGAUUUGAACGCAGAGUAUGACCCCGGGGCCAAUGUCGACGGUUGUGGUACCUCAGGUGCCAUCAGUACAGAUGCCAAAUCUCUUUGGGGAUCACAGACGAUUGCGACAACCACAGUGGCAGAAAAUGUCGCACCCCCAGAUUCGAAUGAGUACUCAUUUGGAGCUUCCAAAAUCACAGUGGCAGCAAAUGCCGCACCUCCGGAAUCGAAUGAAUACUCAUUUAGAGCUUCCAAGCGGCGCUCUGUGGAUAAGCCAAUCAAAGAGGCCACCACUACUACACCACACACAGUAGGGAAGCCAAUCAAAGGGACCACCACUGCUGCACCAGGCAACGUCGGUAAGCCGAUCAAAGAUACCACCACUACUGCACCAGACAACAUUGGUAAGCCGACCAAAGAAACCACCACUACUGCACCAGACACAACAGGUAAGCUGGUCAAAGAGACUACCACUACUGCACCUGACACAGGUGACUUGCCCAACAGAGGAUCACCAGAAAUUGUUAAGAGGAAAAGCAGCUCCAGUGGCAAUGAGAACAAACGAGGUGGUCUAAACAUUCAGGUUGUGGUGGCUUUACCAGCGGUGAAUUAUAGGUCCAUAAAGCGGGGAGCAGUAUCUGUUCGUGCUCCAAAGAAGACUAGGAUGGCUUCAAAGGCAUCAUCAGUGGGUUCAGGCAGGUUACCACCUAUUUCGCCAGUGGUAAACAGUGAACCUCCAAUGCAUAAAACAGAGCCUUAUCCGCAUUCACCACCUAGCAAGUAUGAUCUUGACACUGUAAAGAACUCGCCAUUAGAGAGAGUGGAUAAUACUGAUGUUGUACCGUGCAAUUUGGGGCUACUGAGUGCAGAGUCACAAGUGGUAACUGAGGUACCCAAAGAACUAGAUGGAAAACUUUCUAAGCCUGUAAGGGCAAAGAGGUUGAGGGGCUCAACAGAGUCACAAGUGGUAAAUGAGGUACCCAAAGAGCCAGAGUCUAAUCCGCAUUUACCACCUAGCAAGUAUGAUCUUGACAAUGUAAAGAACUCGCCAUUAGAGAGAGUGGAUAAUACUGGUGUUGUACCGUGCAAUUCGGGGCUACUGAGUGCAGAGUCACAAGUGGUAACUGAGGUACCCAAAGAGCCAGAUGGAAAACUUUCUAAGCCUGUAAGGGCAAAGAGGUUGAGGGGCUCAACAGAGUCACAAGUGGUAACUGAGGUACCCAAAGGGCCAGAGUCUAAUCCGCAUUUACCACCUAGCAAGUAUGAUCUUGACACUGUAAAGAACUCCCCAUUAGAGAGAGUGGAUAAUACUGGUGUUGUACCGUGCAAUUCUGGGCUACUGAGUGCAGAGUCACAAGUGGUAACUGAGGUACCCAAAGAGCCAGAGCCUUAUCCGCAUUCACCACCUAGCAAGUAUGAUCUUGACACUGUAAAGAACUCGCCAUUAGAGAGAGUGGAUAAUACUGAUGUUGUACCGUGCAAUUUGGGGCUACUGAGUGCAGAGUCACAAGUGGUAACUGAGGUACCCAAAGAACUAGAUGGAAAACUUUCUAAGCCUGUAAGGGCAAAGAGGUUGAGGGGCUCAACAGAGUCACAAGUGGUAAAUGAGGUACCCAAAGAGCCAGAGUCUAAUCCGCAUUUACCACCUAGCAAGUAUGAUCUUGACAAUGUAAAGAACUCGCCAUUAGAGAGAGUGGAUAAUACUGGUGUUGUACCGUGCAAUUCGGGGCUACUGAGUGCAGAGUCACAAGUGGUAACUGAGGUACCCAAAGAGCCAGAUGGAAAACUUUCUAAGCCUGUAAGGGCAAAGAGGUUGAGGGGCUCAACAGAGUCACAAGUGGUAACUGAGGUACCCAAAGGGCCAGAGUCUAAUCCGCAUUUACCACCUAGCAAGUAUGAUCUUGACACUGUAAAGAACUCCCCAUUAGAGAGAGUGGAUAAUACUGGUGUUGUACCGUGCAAUUCUGGGCUACUGAGUGCAGAGUCACAAGUGGUAACUGAGGUACCCAAAGAGCCAGAUGGAAAACUUUCUAAGCCUGUAAGGGCAAAGAGGUUGAGGGGCUCGAGAGGUAAAUGCUCGCCAAAUUUGAAGAGGACAAAGAAAAAUAGUGGCUCAAUUUGUGAAUCGCCUAGUGUCACAAUGAUGCCAGAUCCAAGCAAGAAAAAUAGUGGCCUAAUUUGCGAAUCGCCAAGUGUCACAAUGAUGCCAGAUCCGAGCAAUAGUGCAAAAGUUAUCUUGGAUAAGAAUUUGGUUGAUUCAGAGAUGGUGGAAAGUGAUGAUGGAUCCUGUUGUUUUGUGGGGGAGGCAGUGCCGGAGGAGGAGGCUAGGCAGAGGUGGCCUCAUCGCUACGAGAAGAAUCAUCACUUUGUGGAGAAGGAUAUGAGGAGCGAUAUCCAACUGCUUGCAAAUGCUGCCGAUGCUGUCUUGGAAGUUAAAUGUCACUAUUUGCAAGCCAGCAUAUCUGGAUCUACUUUUUGCAUUGGAGAUUGUGCAUUUGUGAAAGGUCCAGAAGGAAAACCAAAUUACAUAAGCAGAAUACUCGAGUUUUUUGAAACAGUUACCGGUGAACGUUACUGCAGAGUGCAAUGGUUUUUCAGAGCUGAAGACACGAUCAUGGAAAACCAAGCACAGUCUCAUGACCCAAGGAGGCUCUUUUACUCAGAUCUGAAGGAUGACAAUUCACUAGACUGUAUUGUCUCCAAAAUUUCAAUUGUGCAAGUUUCUCCUUGUGUUGAUAAAGAGUCAAAGUCGAUAUCUCCAUCCCAAUAUUACUAUGACAUGAAGUACUCUCCGGACUACAGUACUUUCUCUACCUUGGAAAUGGGAGAUAUGCAUGCCAAAUUGCAGUCAAGUCACGUAAGUAGUAUCAAUAUGAAAAAGGUUGACUUCAGUAAGAAGCAAAAGUCUCCUGUACCAAAUAAGAAGGAUCUCUCUUUGCUAGAUCUCUACUGCGGUUGUGGUGGAAUGUCAACUGGACUUUGUCUUGGGGCUAAUGUUGGUGGUGUGAAUCUUGUGACGAGAUGGGCUGUUGAUAAUGAUGAAGUUGCAUGUGAAAGCUUCAGAUUGAAUCAUCCAGAAACUCGGGUCCGGAAUGAAACUACCGACGAUUUCCUUGAAUUGCUGAAAGAAUGGCAAAAAUUAUGCAAACAAUAUGUGAGGCAAAGUGAAGUAAAGGACCAGGCUGAUGCUUUACCAGAAUCCAGCAAUGGAAUUCCAGACGAGUCUUCAGUCCCUCCCGAAGAGCUUGAAGUAUGGAAGCUAGUUGAUAUUUGCUAUGGUGAUCUCAAUAAUGUCAGAAAACGGUGCUUAUAUUUUAAGGUCCGUUGGAAGGGUUAUGGCCCUAAUGAUGACACAUGGGAGCCAAUUGAAGGAUUAGGGAACUGCACUGAUGCAAUUAGGGAUUUCGUUAUUGAGGGUCAUAAGCAGAAGAUACUACCACUUCCUGGUGAUGUUGAUGUUGUAUGCGGGGGUCCACCAUGCCAAGGCAUUAGUGGCUACAACCGCAAUAGAGAAUUCGAUGCACCAUUUAAGUGUGAGAAGAACAUGCAGAUUAUUGUCUUUAUGGAUGUCAUGCAAUUUUUGAGGCCCAAAUAUGUCUACAUGGAAAACGUCCUUGAUAUAUUGAAGUUUGCUGACGCGACACUUGCAAAAUAUGCUUUAAGUCGCCUAAUUUCUAUGCAUUACCAAGCCAAACUGGGGAUCAUGGCUGCUGGAUGUUAUGGUCUUCCACAAUUUCGGAUGCGUGUAUUUUUGUUGGGCUGUCAUCCUGAGGAGAAAUUGCCCCCAUUUCCUCUGCCUACACAUGAAGCGAUUGUGAAGAAUGGUUGCCCUUUGGCUUUUGAGCGUAAUUUGGUUGGGUGGUCUGACAGCACGAAAGGGCAACUAGCGAAGCCAAUUGUCCUUGAGGACAUUCUUUCAGAUCUUCCAAAAGUGGGAAACGAAGAAAGUCGUGAUGAAAUGGCAUAUGUAAAGGGCCCUCAAACAGAGUACCAAAGAUACAUUCGAACAUUUAAAUCUGAAGUGCAGGGUCCUAAAUCUCAUGUUGCAAAAGCUAAGUCAAAAAAAGCUAAGCCAAAAUUGUAUGAUCAUCGGCCGUUGGCACUUGGUAAUGACAACUACUUAAGGGUGUUGCAAAUUCCCAAGAAAAAGGGAGCUAAUUUUAGAGACCUUCCGGGAGUUGUAGUUGGUCCGGACAAUGUAGCUAAAUUAGACCCAACAAAGGAUAGAGUGCUUUUACCAUCUGGUCGUCCUCUGGUGCUUGAUUGUAUACUAACGUAUGAGGAUGGUAAAUCCUUAAGACCUUUCGGCCGAUUAUGGUGGGAUGAGGUAGUUGGAACUGUGCUGACGUGUCCAAAUGCUCGUAUGCAGGCCUUGAUACAUCCUGCACAGGACAGACUGCUCACUAUUCGUGAAAGUGCUCGAUUGCAAGGUUUUCCUGAUAGCUACAGAUUCCGUGGAACAGUCAAAGACAGGUAUCGCCAAAUUGGAAAUGCCGUGGCCGUACCUGUUGGCCGUGCACUUGGGUAUUCUUUGGCCAUGGCCUAUCUGAACAAGAUUGAAAAUGAUCCCCUCAUGGCGCUACCACCCAAGUUUGCGUUCUCCCAUAAUAUAGAAGAUACUACAUAUUCCAGAGUGGACGGUUGACUUGUUUACCCACAUCUGUCUGUUCAUUCUCUGCUAGAAAAGCUGGGUCGUGCGAUUCAUGGUCGUGAAUAUCGUUAGGGUUGUGAAUAUCCAAUAGGUCAUGCCCAUUUUAAAAUAAUUCUUGAUUCGUUCCAUUGACAUGUUGUAUCUUGUAACAUUUUCACUAGUUUUUUAAAAGUUGAUGAAGACAGGUAUAAGUGGCUCAGUAAGGUUUCUCCAGAGAGAACCUUGUGUUGUACUGUAAAAGAGUUCCAUGUAUUCCUUAGAAACUCACAUAGGGAGGUAGGUGUAGGUGGCUCCAGUAAGGUCUCUGGCUAAGUUUGGGGCCGAGAGAGACUUUGUUGUUGUACUAUGAAAGAAUGUAUGUAUAGACAUGUUCGGUAGUCAGUGGAAUAAAAUGCAUGUACAUCAUCUGA